AUGAGUGGCGCAGUAAACAACAACACAUCAGGUGGCCGCAAAAGUCAUGUGCUUGAAUUGUUGAGCUGGCACUGUGCGAAUGCACUUACACAGGCUGCAGCUGUGUCUUCUUUUGUAAGCGGCCUCAAUCUUGAGCUCAGAGGUCUAGUGCGUGCGCUGGCACGCCUAGCCUCUAUGCUUGGUCACUUUGGGGGCUUGGAGGGUGGUUUAGUGUGCACACUGGUGUGCCUAUCCACCCUCACCAUCAACCUUGGGCAGGGAGGUCUAGUGUGCACGCCAGUGCACCUAGCCUCUAUGCUUGAGCAUUCUGGGGACUUGGAGGGUGGUUUAGUGUGCACACUGGUGCGCCUAUCCACCCUCACCAUCAACCUUGGGCAGGGAGGUCUAGUGUGCGCGCUGGCGUGCCUAGCCUCUGCACUGUCCAAUACUUGGGUAAUCUGGCGGUUUAUCAAGUUGUUUUUUUUUGGUAAAUUCACUCUCAGUAGUGUGCUGUACAAUGCCAAGGCAGGGAGGGCCCCUCCGCUGCAGCUUUGUAUUAGCUAG